AGCGCGACGGGCCACCCGAUGCUCGUCGAGCUGAAGAGCGGCGAGACGCUCAAUGGGCUGCUGGUCAACUGCGACACUUGGAUGAACCUCACGCUGCGAGAGGUUGUGCAGACGAGCGCAGACGGCGACAAGUUCAUGCGGCUACCAGAGAUCUACGUUCGCGGCAGCACAGCACGUCUCCACAUAAAAUAUCUGCGAGUUCCCGACGAAAUCGUCGACAUUGUAAAAGAGCAGCAGGCCAAGGACCAGGCGAAUCGGGGAGGUCGAGGA